AUGCAUGAUAGAGGUCAAACCGCUAAUAUAGUCACUUACAAUUCCUUAUUGAAUGGGAUGUUCAAAAACAAAAGACUUGACAAGGCACUUAUGUUAUUCAGUCAAAUGAAAAAGAGUGGCAUUGAUCCAAAUAUACACACAUACAGAGUACUUAUUGAUGGCCUAUACAAUGCAAAAGAGAUUUUUCAAGAUUUUUGCGUUAUAGAUUGUCCUCCAAAUGUGAGGGCAUACAAUAUUAAGAUCGAUGGGCUCUGCAAAAAGGGCUUAUUUAAAGAAGCAUUGACCCAGCUGUUGGAAAUGGAACACAAUGGUUGCUUACCAAAUGUUGUGACUUUUGUAACUGUUAUUCAUGCUUUGUUUGAAAAAGAUGAGAAUGACAUGGCGGAGAAACUUCUUCGGGAAAUGAUUGCUAGAGGCUUGUGGGAUUUAUAA